AGCAGCAGCAGCAGCAGCAGCAGCAGCAGCAGCAGCAGCAGCAGCAGCAGCAGCAGCAGCAGCAGCAGCAGCAGCAGCAGCAGCAGCAGCAGCAGCAGCAGCAGCAGCAGCAGCAGCAGCAGCAGCAGCAGCAGCAGCAGCAGCAGCAGCAGCAGCAGCAGCAGCAGCAGCAGCAGCAGCAGCAGCAGCAGCAGCAGCAGCAGCAGCAGCAGCAGCAGCAGCAGCAGCAGCAGCAGCAGCAGCAGCAGCAGCAGCAGCAGCAGCAGCAGCAGCAGCAGCAGCAGCAGCAGCAGCAGCAGCAGCAGCAGCAGCAGCAGCAGCAGCAGCAGCAGCAGCAGCAGCAGCAGCAGCAGCAGCAGCAGCAGCAGCAGCAGCAGCAGCAGCAGCAGCAGCAGCAGCAGCAGCAGCAGCAGCAGCAGCAGCAGCAGCAGCAGCAGCAGCAGCAGCAGCAGCAGCAGCAGCAGCAGCAGCAGCAGCAGCAGCAGCAGCAGCAGCAGCAGCAGCAGCAGCAGCAGCAGCAGCAGCAGCAGCAGCAGCAGCAGCAGCAGCAGCAGCAGCAGCAGCAGCAGCAGCAGCAGCAGCAGCAGCAGCAGCAGCAGCAGCAGCAGCAGCAGCAGCAGCAGCAGCAGCAGCAGCAGCAGCAGCAGCAGCAGCAGCAGCAGCAGCAGCAGCAGCAGCAGCAGCAGCAGCAGCAGCAGCAGCAGCAGCAGCAGCAGCAGCAGCAGCAGCAGCAGCAGCAGCAGCAGCAGCAGCAGCAGCAGCAGCAGCAGCAGCAGCAGCAGCAGCAGCAGCAGCAGCAGCAGCAGCAGCAGCAGCAGCAGCAGCAGCAGCAGCAGCAGCAGCAGCAGCAGCAGCAGCAGCAGCAGCAGCAGCAGCACAGCAGCAGCAGCAGCAGCAGCAGCAGCAGCAGCAGCAGCAGCAGCAGCAGCAGCAGAAGGAUUGUUUCGCUUCUAUGAGAUGCAGCAGGCGGCUGUCCAUCUUCUCAACGGUGCCCUGCGUGCGACGGAAGACGGCACUCUUCCUCCCCGCUUUCCUCAGUUGCGCGAGCGAGGCUGA